AAUUUGUUAUUCUCAGAUCAUGAAGAAGCAUUUGUUGAAAAUUUUAUUUUUCAGCAUUGUUAUUUGCACUAGCCUUAGUAUUGCAUUACACUAUCAUCAAAAAUUAGAAAAAAGGGAAGAAAAUGUAUUUGUAGAAUUGACAACCUCUCGGGUAUUGGAUUCACGUAAAAUUGAUCCUUACACCAUACAAACUCGUGAGUCAGGAAAGGAAAGUCGUUUUAAUUCUGUAACAAUAAAAGAAGAUUUAACUGCAAAGACUAUUUCAACCACUUGGAUAUCAAAUAUACACAAGAUUGAUCCCUAUAUCAUACAGACUCAUGAGCCAGCCAAGGAAGAUCGCUUUGAUCCCACUGUUGCAAAUGGAUAUGUUGGAUACAGAGUUUAUGGUGAAACUAUUUAUAAAAAUGGAUUAUACAAUGGAAGAGAAGGAAAUUCACACCGAGCUCGCAUCCCUGGCACUUUGCCAUAUGUUGUAAAGUCAAGUUCAACAUUUGAAACGAAUGGAAAAGUAUAUAAGCUUGGUUCUGAUAAUUUGUAUUUGUUAAAUAUGAAAUUGGGAUUCUUUUCAGAAAAAUAUAGUUUCAUUGAUGAGAAUACCAACGAAAAUAAUGUCUUAUGUUCGAUUUCACAAAACUUCUACGCUCAUAAAGUUCUUACAAGACUUCUUAUAACUGAAAUAAUCAUCAAUUUUAAUUCAAAAGGAUCUGUUGUUUUGCCUCUCAAUGUACGGUCCGGCAAUGAAAGUCAGGAUAUUAAGUUUAAUUAUUUUAAUAGAAAAAACUUUGAGGCAAGCAAUGCCAUUGCUGUAUGUGGCAACACACUUGUACCUGAGCAAGAAGAUGGAAAAUUAUUACCUGUUUGCUAUUGUUCAACCGAUGUUCCUAAAAAUAUUUCACUUGAAGGAGAAGUUGGGGAAAAGUAUUCAUUCACAUUUAUAACCAGUAUAUCUGACAGUUUAGAUGAAGCAAAAGACUUCUACAUCUUGGGAUUGAAGUUAUCAAAUAAUGGGACUUUAUUUUCAAGUCAUUGUAAUGAAUGGUUGAAGACUUGGGAAUAUGGUUCUUUACUUAUUAAAAGUGGCAAUAUUACUCAAAUGCAUUCUACAGUGUCUGGAUUAUAUUAUUUGCUUAGUGCUUUUCCACCAUUAUCGUCAGCAAAACAUCCUUACGAAUUUUUUGGUGUAAGUCCUGGUGGCUUAACAAAUGGUGGCAAGGACCAGGACUAUCUGGGUCAUGUAUUUUGGGACCAGGAUUUUUGGAUGCUACCGGCCCUUCUGCCAUUAUUUCCUGAAGCAGUGAAGCAUGGAAUCGAAUACAGAGUUGCAAGAUUAUGGGCUGCAAAAGAAAAGGCAUUAAAUCUUGGAUUUCGAGGGGCCAUGUAUCCAUGGGAAAGUGCUUAUACUGGAUUAGAUGUUUGUCCCGGCAUUUCAUAUGUGAAAUAUGAGCAACAUGUUACUGGUGACCUAAUUCAUAUUCUCCGUCAGUAUGUGUAUUUGACAGGUGAUUGGGAUUUUUUGUUUCAAAAAAUUCCAGACUCUCGAAACAAUGAGAAGUUUGUGACACCAUGGGAUGUUAUUUAUGAGACUUGUUUUUGGCUUUCAAGAACACAGUGGUCUGAAAAGUACAACGCUUUUGUCAUCGAUAAUGUCAUGGGACCUGAUGAGUAUCAUUCGCCAGUAAAUAACUCUGCAUUCACCAAUGAAGUCGCAUUACAAAAUAUGAAUUUUGCAAUCCAAGUUGCUGACAAAUAUGACUUGCCUCUGCCAGAACGAGAACAUUUCAAAAAAGUGAUAGAAGAUAUGCUCAUACCAUAUGAUGAUGAGCUUGACUAUCAUCCUGAAUUCACAGGUUAUAAUCAUACAACUGAUAGAGUAAAGCAAGCCGAUGCAAUAAUGCUUGGCUUUCCUUUGAUGAGCAAUAAUAACUCCAUAAUUUCGCGUAAAAAUGAUCUUACUAUUUAUGGUAAUACUACAGUUUCUGAUGGUCCUGCAAUGACUUGGAGUAUGUUUUCCAUUAACUGGAACUCAAUGGGUGAACAUUCGAAAGCUGAUAAUUACUUUUUACAUCAGUACAAUAACAUUCAGCUGCCUUAUCAAAUAUGGUCAGAAGAACCUUCUGGAAACGGAGCUGUGAAUUUUUUGACAGGAAUUGGAGGUUAUCUCCAAAGCAUACUGUAUGGAUAUUUAGGCCUUAGAAUUUAUAGUGACAACAUUGUCCUAAAUCCCAGAAUUCCUCCAGGAUUGGACAGUAAAUCAGUGACUAGUCUACAUGUCAUUGGUCUCAAAUUUAAUUGUGCUGUUUUAGAUGUAAUUGUACAAAAAACUCAUUUUGAUAUAGCGCUCAAAGGUUUUCGUAACAAUAAGCAAUGUACAGUCCUAUUGAUAUCAAAUGGUUCUUCUCAUGAGUUAUCGAACAUUGGUGAUAAAUAUUCGCUCAGUCUGACUAUAUGCAAAAUUAUGAUGAAGUGAAUGUAAUAUAAGUAGAAGAGCAGUGCUUAACCACUCAUAUCUAGGCUAUGUCGUCAAUUAUAAAAUGCAUACAUAAUCAAAAAUAUUUCUAAUCUGAAUGUACCGAUAGGUUAUUUUCAUAUGAGAAUUUUGAAAAAAUCUGUAUAUAAUUAUGAUAUUGAUAGAUCUAAUUCCCAAAGUGUAGAAAUACCAAAAAAUCAACCAGCAAAUCCUUUGGUUCUAUAGUACAUUUUUUGUGAUUGAGUAAAGUCAGUUUUUAACUCUUGCCUGAUGUGAUUUUUACUUAAAAUUACACAGUUUUAUAAUACAGUAAUAUUUGCGAAAUCUUCCUUCAUUAUAAUUGCAACGUUGCAAGUUGAGUGUCAAUAGUCUGAAGUGCUAUGUAUCAGCCAUAUAUAUAACUAAAUUCUUGGUGCUUUCUCAGUAUUAUGUACUCUUGUAGUGUGUGUACCAAGUUAUGGUUAGGCCAUAAUUUCAUUACGGAGACUGUCUAUUUUAGCCAAGUAAAUAUAUCCAUCCCCCUGGCCCUGCCCAUAGGUUUCAGUCCAUUUACACAACUUGAUGUAACAAAUUAGUAACCUCCAUAUUGGUACGCACAUCUCUGGAGCACCAAUUCGUAUUGCAAUGUUGAUUUGGAUCUUGUUCAUCUGAUUAUAAAAAUUUCAUACUAACAG